AUGGACAGUGGAUUUGCGAGUGGAGAAGAUGAAAUUUAUAAUGUUUAUGAUCAAGCCUGGGGAGGUGGUAAAGAUAUGGCCCAGAAUAUUUAUGGGCCCCGUAAAAAUCUGGACAAGGACAUGUAUGGUGAUGACCUAGAAGCCAGAAUGAAGACCAACAGAUUUGUUCCUGACAAGGAAUUUUCUGGCUCUGACCAUAAGGCCUUUUUCAAGUGCAUUAGAACUUCAGCAUUUCAAGAUGUUUCACACCAAUUAGGGCCACCUCGGCUAAAACAUUCUGUGUUCUUCCAGCAAAGGCAGGGCGAGCGGGAAGCUUCGCCGCCGCUCUGCUGGCCUACUAAGACGCAGAACACUGACACUGGUGCAGGUGGUGGCUCCAGGCCCACUGCCCGGAAAUCCACCGGUGGGAAAGCGCCCGGGAAACAACUGGCUACAAAAGCCGCUCGUAAGAGCGCGCCCUCUAUUGGAGGGGUGAGGAAACCUCAUCGUUACGGGCCUGGGACUGUGGCUCUCCGUGAAAUUAGACGUUAUCAGCUUCUGAUUCGCAAACUUCCUUUCCAGCGUCUGGUUCGAGAAAUUGCUCAGGACUUCAAAACAGAGCUGCGUUUCCAGAGCGCAGCUGUCGGUGCUGUGCAGGUUGCAAGCGAGGCCUAUCUGGUUGGCCUGUUUGAAGAUACCAACUUGUGUGCCAUCCACGCCAAAUGGGUAACAGUUAUGCCAAAAGAUAUCCAACUAGCACGCCGCAUAUGUGGAGAACGUGCUUAAGCGUCCACUAUGGUGGGAAACAUUUCGUUCUCAUUUUUUUUUUCCUCUUCUUCCUGUUAUUGGUAGUUUUGAAUGUUAGGUUUUUUGUUUUGAGUUUUUUCCCCCCGUGGGGUCAAAAGGUACCUAAGUACAUGAUU